AUGUGUUUUGAAAGGAAGAGCAGUUCGUCGACAGCAGCAGCCGCCUUCGCAGCCGCCACCGCCGCCAGUGGGAACCCGAGAGACGUCCCGGUCGGCGUCCCAGCUGGCCUCAGUCUGCUCACCAACAGUUGUCCUCCGUCCCGACGCGUGUCCUACCAGACGACGUACUCGUCUCUGGGCGGCAGUGGCGGCGGCGGUGGUGGUGGUGGUAUGUGUUGCGGGGACUUGAGUGCUGGCGACGGCAGUCGACGGAUGUCGUCGCGAAGCAGCGUCGGGUCGUCCCUGGGCAUCGGAUUGGGCGACGUUUACCGGAGAGGCAGUUCCAAGGACGGAAGGGACGAGCUGAUGAUGAAGCGGAUCCCGAGGGGCUCGGACGCCGCGGCGGCCAUGCAUUUGACCGCCACGGCCGCCACCAUGCGGGUGCUGAGUGUGCUGAGACACUGGGACUUUGAGAGUGAGCAGUUGAAGAGCAUGACUGUGGAGUUCCUGGAGGACUGUGUGAGUGCACCAAACUUGCUGCCUGCUGAGCACAAGGCUGCCACUCAGCUGCUCAGGCUGCUGACCAGGGAAGACUUUGAGCACAAGGCCAUUGAUCUGGAGACUCUCUUGGCCCCACCUGCAUCACCUUUCCCUGAUGACCUGAAGCAUUCUUCAAAGACCUCUGCUGCUAUGAGGGAUCCUUGUGACCAGUUUUCUGCUCUGGAAAUUGCAGAGGAGAUGACUUACUUGGACCACAAGAUAUUCAUUUCCAUCAAGAGCGAAGAAUUGUUGGGCCAGGCUUGGAUGAAGAGCGAGAAGAACACCAAAGCGCCUCAUGUUGUGAUGAUCACCAAAAGGUGCUUGCACAACUUCAACGGCGUCUUGCAGAUCUGCUCGGCCUUCACCAACUCGUCGGUGUUUAGGCUCAAGAAGACCUGGGACCGGGUUUCGAGAACGACGAAACAAACGCUGGACAAGCUGCAGAAGCUGGUGGCGGCCGACGGGCGCUUCAGGAACCUGAGGGACGCCCUGCACAGGUGUGACCCGCCGUGCAUCCCGUACCUGGGCCUCUACCUCACCGACCUGUCCUUCAUCGAAGAAGGCACGCCCACUUUCACGGAAGACCACCUCAUCAACUUCUCCAAAAUGAGAAUGGCGGGUUUUUCCUCAUUUCUU